UUGCUACAAAAAAAUAGCAAGAUGCCGUCAGAAGUGAUAACAGGGAAAUCUCUACAACGGGAGCUGGCUGACUCCAUCAUACGCAUGGUGCCGCUAGAUGAAAUUCGGAUACUUUUAGCUUGUGGAGCUAAGGUUAACGAGCCGGUAACUCAGGGUCUCCGGCCUAUACACUACGCGAUCUGGCAACGGUACCUGGAGGCCACUCGUCUACUUCUGGUGCGGGGCUGCGACGUGAACGCGCGCGAUGACUGCGGCUACAGCGCGCUGCAUCUCGCCGCUGAACAUGGCUACAAGGAGCUUGUGAAGCUACUGCUAGAGAGCGGUGCAGCGGUGGACUACCGACCUGACACCGGUGAACAGUUCCCCCGUACCACGCUCUGUGACGAACCACUGCGUCUGGCCAUCAGGAACAAACACUAUGAAGUGGCUCGUUUACUGUUGGAGCAUGGUGCAGAUCCCAAUAAGCGCUACUUCUUCGGCUCCGAAAUCAACCUGGUUUCCGAUCCUGAAUAUCUAGAGCUACUACUUACAUUUGGAGCCAACCCUGAUUCUAGAGACCGAGCGGGACUGACCCCUUUGAUGAAAGCGGCCAGGCAAAAAAGGGGUAUAGAAGCCGUGCUGCUGCUGAUCAGCUACGGGGCCGAUGUCAACGCGAUGGCAGACGCUAGAAAUGAUUACAGGACAGUCAUGCACUACGCGGUUUUAAGUGGUAACCCUGACAUGGUUAAUUUGCUGAUCAAGCAAGGCGCCCGUGUCAACUACGACUGCCCAGAACUGAAUAAGCCCAGUGCGUUGGACCUCGCCAUACUCAGGGGUGACGUUGGGAUGGUGCAGAUGCUUAUGGCUGCUGGAGCACAUGUCAACGCGUCCAGCUCGGUAAUUGGUUCUCCCCUCCACGUGGCAUGUUCGGACAACAUUGACAACAGAAAAGAAAUAGUUAAACUGCUGCUGGAAGGCGGCGCGGACCCGAACCUGAAGGUGUUGAACGAGGAGGAGGGCGCGCAACUGCGGCCGGCGCUGGCCGAGUACCUCGCCAGCUGCGCGCGCCCUGCCGCCACCAUCGUCACGCUGCUGCUGCGCUACGGGGCUCGGGUAAUAAUGAAAACACAGUUUCGUGACCCCGACGGUAUCCUAAAUCACUUGCAAAAUGUGACCUCUGAGGAAUACCAACACAUCUUCUACCUCCUCCUAGAAGCAGCUGAAGCAUUUGACUUGUGUAUGAUAAAAAGGAACUCUACACUUACUGCCAUUCAAAAACAAGCCUUAAUUGACCGAGCUAAGAAUCCCAUUACCUUAUUAGCUCAAACAAGAAUUUUCUUACGUAGGUAUUUCGGGACUGAGUUGGUCGAUAUUGUCAAAUAUUUGGAAAUUCCAACUACGCUUCAUCGCUAUCUGCUUUUUGAAUGCAGUUAA